GAAAAAAGUACCAUAAAGAAAAAAUUUAAUUGUUUGGCAGUCAUAUUUUAAGUAAUAAGAUGGCUUCUUCAAAUUAUAACUCCAAUUCAAAAAACUCUAUAUAUAAUACUUUUUUAAAUUUAUCAAGGUCAAGAAAUUCUUCUAACAUCAAACUAGUUAAAGAAAAACUAAGACAAAUGAAGAAAAUAAGGAACAAAAUAAAAAAGAUUAAAAAGUACUCUCCAAAAAAUUUAAAAUGGUAUAAUGUAACUGUAAAAUAUUCAGAUAGUCUCAAUAAAACUUUAAAAAAACCAAGGUCUAGCAUUCCAAUAGAGUGUAAGAUUGAAUGCCCAAAAACUUCAUGUUGUAUUCGUAUUACUAACUUGAGCAGAAGAGUAACUACUAAUAACCUUCAUGAAAUAUUUUCCGAAUUUGGAGAAAUAAAAAAAUUAGAUCUACAUUUCAACAACUAUGAUAGAAUUUCUAAAGGAUUUUCUUACAUUAUGUUUUCGGGUCCAGAAGAAUCUGAAAAUGCCGUUGAAUCAAUGAAUAGAUGUGAAAUUGAUGGAUAUGAAAUAAUAUGUGAACUAUGGUUUCUGCCAUUCAUAGAAUACCAUGUAAGUUCUAUACUCCGUGGUGCUUGCAGCGGAGUUAGAUACAAAAGAAGUUCAUCAAGACGUGUGUUGCCAAUUUAUAUUAAACAUCAUUCUCCUCAAGUAGAUAGAUUGAAAUCUUAUUCUAGAUCUCCUCUUAAUUCUCUUAAGUCUAAUAAUUAUUUAUCUUCAAAUCGAUUUUGCUCAGGAUCAUCGAAUAGAUCAUAUUCUAGAUCUCCAAGGCAAUCCAGAUUAAGAUCUCGUUCUAAUUCUCAAAGUAUACAAGGUUCUAUAUGUUCAAAGCAUUCUCGCUCUAGAUCUUAAAAAUAUCUUUUUCUAGAAGAUAUCUUAAGAAACUUUAUUAACUUCAUUAAAAAUAAAUACAUUCUUUACUUUAUAAAUGAAUUGAUACA